ACAUGUCGCAAACAUGGCGAGUGACGUGUGAGCAUUUCUAAAUUUCAGUCCGCAUAUUUAUUGCAUUUCGACUAGCACUGUGCCUAAAAGUGUCGGAAUAAGUGUGUUAAACAGUGUGAAAAGGACUUAUUUCCAAUAAUGACGGAAGAAAACGUUAAAGUUGCCGUAAGAGUACGGCCUUUCAAUGGUCGCGAGAAGGAGCGCAAUUCCCAAGUUAUCAUUGACAUGACCGGCAACACCACCUCCAUCACAGACCCAGCUUCUAAGGACGUCAAGAAAUUCACAUUUGACUUCAGCUACUGGUCUCACGAUGGCUGCAAAGAUGAUGGGACAGGGUAUAUGGCUCCUGAUACAUCUCACCCGAAUGGAAAAAAGUUUGCCGAUCAGAAAAAAGUGUAUAAUGAGAUGGGUGCAGGCGUACUCAAGAAUGCAUGGGAGGGCUACAACUCAACACUGUUUGCAUACGGACAGACUGGCUCGGGAAAGAGCUGGUCCAUGGUGGGAUAUGGCGUCAACAAAGGCAUUGUGCCAAUCUAUUGUGAGAACUUGUACAAACAAAUAGAUGAGAAAAGAGCUGCGGGUGCCAAAGAACAGUAUGAGGUUAUGUUCAGUAUGCUAGAGAUCUACAAUGAAAAUGUUCAAGAUUUACUGGACUCUAGCCCAUCGAAGAAAUAUCUCAAUGUCCGACAACAUCCAAAAUCUGGCUUCUAUGCUGAUGGGUUGAAGAGUGUGCCAGUUGGAACAUACGCGGAAAUUGAACAGAGGAUCGAGGAAGGAACACGUAACCGCACGGUCGCCUCCACUAAGAUGAACGCCACUAGCAGUCGUGCUCACACGAUCGUGACAAUCAAGUUCGUCCAGAAGUCUGUGAAUGCUGCAGGAGAGGAAAUGGCCAAGUCUGCAGAGGCCAAUCUUGUUGAUUUGGCCGGCAGUGAGAGAGCGGAUAGCACAGGGGCAACGGGUGCCCGACUCAAGGAAGGCGCAGCCAUCAACCAGUCGCUGUCCAGUCUGGGCAACUGCAUCGCUGCCCUGGCUGAAAUAGCAGGCGGCAAGAAGAACAUGCAGGUUCCGUACAGAGACUCCAUGCUCACCAAGCUUCUGAAGAACGCCCUCGGGGGCAACAGCAAAACCAUCAUGAUUGCUGCCCUGAGUCCAGCUGAUAUUAACUUUGAGGAGACCCUGUCUACCCUUCGAUAUGCUGAUCGCGCAAAGCAGAUCAAGACAACGGCCCGUGUCAAUGAGGACCCGACCGCCCAACUGAUCCGUGAGCUGCAGGAGGAGAAUGAGAAACUCAAGGCCAUGUUGGCCUCGGGCAAGAUGGACAUGUCCCUCCUGGAGAACGGGGAGGGAGGCGCCGACAUGACUGACGAAGAGCGAGCAAAGCUGAAGAAUGAGCUGGAGGCCGAGUACAAGGGCAUGUUGGAGAAGAACAAGUUAGACAUGGAGAACAUGGAGAAAGAGUUCCAGAAGAGGCUGCAGGAGUCACAGGGACAGAGCUCAUACAAGUUGAUUGCGGAGAUCAAUGAAAAGAAGAAGACGUACCCCCACAUGUAUAAUCUGAACAGUGACCCCCAGAUGACCGGCAGGAUCAUCCACUUCCUCGUGAAGUCAGACAGCACAAUGGACGACGAGACCAUCAUAGGCAACGGGAAAGCCGAGGGCACUGACCUCACACUGCGUGGCAGCAGUAUUACUGACAUGCACUGCAAGAUCAUGCACAAGGAUGGCGUGUUCACCUUGGAGACAUUCCCUAACGCUCGCACGCUCCGUAACGGCAAGCCCGUUACCGCAGAAACGAAGGUCCUGAAGAACAACGACCGUCUGCUGUUUGGCACUUCUCAAUUUUAUGUGUUCUGUAACCCCAAGGACACGACACCCUCAAAGGUCACAGACCCGACCUUUGAGAUGGCCCAGGCAGAAAUUGCAGAGAAAUCUGGCGGCUUUGAUAUGUCUGGCAACAAUAAGAGCAGAGAUGAGUCUCUACUGCAGCAGGACCUCAUAGAAAUCAUGCCGGGUGUGGAGGAGGCCAACAGCAUCAGUGAGGCCCUCGGCAAGCAACGACGCUUUGACCUCGUGAUUGUCUCCCCUGAAGCACGCGGUGAAAUGACUGGACGCACUGAGGUCAUGGUGAAGAUGACAGAUAUUGAGACGAAACACGAGUGGUUCUGGAACAGACAGAAAUUCCUUGACCGCAAGUGCCUCAUGUCCGAACUGUUCGACAAAUUUGAGGACGGGGUGGACGUUAAUGUACCACAGGACAAAGACCCGUUUUAUGAUGAUCCAAAGGCUGAUUUCCACAUUGGAAGUGUGAAGAUGUGGCUGCAGUCCAUUUCAUACAUGCUUGAAUCCAGUGAAACUUUGGAUAUCACAGACUUCAAAGGAUCCUCGGUUGGAAAGAUGGCUAUCGGGGCAUAUCCUUGCGAUGCAAAGGGUAAAGAAUACACAGAGAAAGACAACAAGUUUGUUGAGGAUCCUUCAAAAUUGGUCGGUGUUCCAGUCGACUUCAAGGUGAAGAUUUUGAACGCCCGAGGUCUGCCAAACAGAUUCACUGAUGUCUACUGCAAGUACAAGGUGUAUUUGGAGGAAGGAUUCACUCAGUCCAAGGUGAUGAAGGACACCAUCAAUCCUGACUUCAACCACGAGAGAGUUAUCUCCCUUGGAGCUGGAACACCGGAGAUUGUGGAGUUUCUGAAGACGGGGGCGUUCACCGUUCAGAUCUGGGGCAAGCAGAAGGACAUGAAGCCAAAAGGCGGUAAGGGCGGAAAGGUCCUUGUUCCAAAGACGUCCACUGUCGUCCCAGGUGGCACUAUUCAUGCUGUGAAUGACAACGUCAAGCGUUUUGACCCUGAAAAGGUCAAAAUCAUGAUGGAAGUGACGGCCCUGAAGAAACGCCAGGAAAAGAUGGAGCAGAAACUGGCCCACAUGCAGAAGAUGAUAGCGGUUGCAGAGGAGCACAACAAGCGCAAGCUGCGCACAGCGCUAAUCAAGGACAUCUAUGUGGCACCCACCAACGACCAGGCAGAGAAGUGCAUCAAACUCAUCCCGCUGGAACAAGAUUCUGACGAUGAAGAUGGCGGGGGGAUUGUAGGAGGGUCAAAGGUCGUGGGUGUGGUCAUUCCACAGAACAAACAAGACAUUUCAGGGGGUGAGGCAGAUAAGGGGGGAGUUGAUGGGAAGGGUACAAAGGGGGGUAAAAAGGGCGGGGAUGGAAAUAAAAAUUCUGACGAGGAAUCAAAGAAAAAGAAAGAUAAAGGUCACAAGGGUCCAGAUUCUGAUGAUGAUUCUAAGAAAAAGGAAGUUAAAGGUCACAAUGGAGGUCGCCGUGGCAGCCAUUCUUCAGAUUCUGAGGAUGAAUCGAAGAAAAAGAAAGCACCUCCCAGUCACAAGGGAGGUCGCAGCGGCAGCCAUUCUUCAGAUUCUGAGGAUGAAUCCAAGAAAAAGAAAGCACCUCCGAAGAAAUCCAGUGCUUGUGUAUUGCUUUAAUUGGCUUCCUCCAAAAAAAUCAUUCCUGUGCAUUGAAUACACAAUUAAAUUUUAAGUUUAUUUUUUUGGAUUAAAGAGGCUUACCACUAAAGAGUAAAAAAAGAUUUUGUGUAAGUCUUGAUGUCAGUCUUUAAAAAUGGGAAAUUAAAAGCAAGUUCAAAUCAUUAUCAAAGUGUGACCACUGACAAUUUGUUUAAAGUAAUGUUGUAUUGUUACAGUUACGGUUCUUAAAAACAUAAAAAAUAAAGUUUUUAUGUUCCUUUUGUUAUUAAUUGUUUGAAUUUUAAAGAAUAGAGACGAGGGACUGAGCCCCGGAACUCUAAUCAUGUGCAACCCCUUGAAAUGGUCAUGUUUGUUGUAUAUUUAUAAAACAUGUUUCUGGUAUUUAAUGUUUUUUCUACAUUUGCAUGUAGAAACAGAUAUAGUAGUAUUAUUGUAAGUAUUAAAUAUUUUAUUAUUAAAUUUGGGUUGAGGUUAUGCCCACUGAUUUCUGUUUUCGGUUUUGAUGCAUAUAAUUGUCUAUUAUGACAUGAGCACAUUUGUAAUAUGUUGAUGACAUGGUAUUGUUCAUUGUUCAAUUAUUAUGAUUUUUGUGUUACGAGUUUUGAUUUUUUUUUGGCCUGUCUCCAUUCCGUCCAACAUUGAUUAAAAGUGUGUCAGUAUGUAUUUUUUUUUAUUGUUUGAUUAUUAAUAUACAAAUGUAGUAUACAUGUACAUGUAUAUGGUUUUUAUUUUAUUAUUUUUAUUUAAUAUUAUCCCUUUUCACAAUGCUUAUUCACAUAUCUUGUCGUUUCAUUAUCACAUUUCAAUAGCUUAUCUGGAUAUAUUUUUCAUCCUCAUUUUUCUGUAAUUUUUUACAUAAAACAUUAACAAUCUAUUAUUAAUAUAUUAUUAACUUGCAAUACAUUUUGAAUGCUCUUGUAGCUUAGCAUACAAACUAUUUACAUGCUUGCAUAAUCUAAUUUAUGAGGUACAUGUAUGAAACUUACUCUUUUUUUAGUGUGAAGAAAUUUCAAGCUCAUAUCGCCCCAUUACUGCAAAAAGGUACCAAGUGACAUUACAUUUCAAUGUAACAUGGUACUUUUUUGCACCAAUCGGGCUAUAUUCAAUAGCAUGACACUACACCCUGCUUUAUCAUUAACUGCUGGUCCAGUACACACGUUACUCAAUUCUUCUCAAUUCUUUAGCACACGAAAAGCUUGCAAGAUGAAGGCAAAUUACGUAAUGAAUAAUACAGCUGCAUAUUACUGUUUUCAUGAAUUCUCAGACUAUGAAUAUUUUUGCAAAUUGCUUUCUUUAUAAAUAUGAUAUGUAUUCAACUACAAUUAUUGUCCUAAACUAUAUUAGCUAAAAUCAGCAGUGUGACCUUAUUGUGUUUGUAUUUACUGGUAAUGCAUAUGUAUUCAUGCAAUGUUUAAUUAUUUAUGAUAAAAUUUAUUUAUAAUCAGAAAGUGUAACCCAAGUAGUUUAGUUUAUACUGUUGAAAUGUUGCUAAAUUGUAUGUUGUCAUCGUAACAAUAAGAAAAAGCUUCUUAUGUUUCUUAGCAGCAUGUAAUUUAGUGCCCAUUUCAAGCUCAGAGGCAGUGACUGUGAUGAUUGAUGAAUUGUUAUGGACUUUUUUGUUGCCAUAGCAACAGAAGUUCAGCUCGGAGCAAAAACUGUGAUUUGUUGGAGACUGUGAUAUUAAUUUAAUAUAGUUGAUUUAAGUAGAAGAGUUUUAUAUCAUUAUCAAUUAAUAUUUUGCAAAUAAUUAUUAGUGAGGAUUUUUUUUUAAGUUUGUUUAAAUGAUAAUAUGUUAAUUAAUUCACAUUUUUAUACUAAAAUAGACACAAAAGUUCAUUUUUCCGUAUGCAAUUGUUCUUUAAGAAUAAUAAUUAACCAUAAUCACAUUAAUCCUUACAUUUACAUUAUCAUAUGUUUAUAUUCAUAUGGUUUGCUGUUCGGAUAUUUACCAAUCAAUAGUGCUCAGUCGUUUUUGCCCGUACCCACACUUUUGUAUUCACUAAGUCUAUCUUAAGGAAAUGUCUUUUUCGUUUUGGAAAAAAAAUAUUGUGCUUUCAUAAAUAUAUAUAUAUAUAAGUUCAAAAAGUAAAACCAAAUUUAUUGAUUUGUGUUUUUGGUUACAAUUUUUAUUUUGACAUGUUUUUGUUUGUGUGUGUUUAAAAUGGUGUGACUAGAUAACGGUUUUAGGGUUAUUAGCUUUGAUACUUUGUUUUUUGCCUUCCAGUUUCAAAAUUGUUUGUUAGUUGAUUUGAUGUUGAUCGAAACUGGGAUAAAUAUAACAAACAAAGUUCACAUUUAGAUGUAGCAACAGUUAAAAAUAGUUAACUGCCAAAAUAUUUGACAAUUCCUUUACAAAGGGAUAAACGCUUAUCAAAGCAAAACUGUGAUAUUUUGUAUAUAAUUUUGAAUCAUUUUGUUUUGAUUUAACAGUAAUUUAUUGUUAACAUGUUUUGCUGUGUACACACCAUUUUAACAUAACAUUUUCAUUUCAUAUGGAUUUUGUUUCAUUAGUUCAUGAAAUUAAAACUAAAUAAGAAUAGAAUCUAGAAUAUAAAGGUAAAGAUUUUGAAAAAGGCAUUGAAUGGUAGUUUUAGUACCGGUCAGAUGUUAUUUUUUAUGUCCUAUCAAAUUGUAUGUUAAGAAUGCUACUUUGUAGAAUGCAGUUUGAUAGGCUUAUAUUGUCCAUUAUUUAUAAAGCUGAGUAUUUUCUAACAAAAACACCUGUUUUUAAAGCACUUUUGUUUGUUAUUUGUUUCAAUGUUUGUGAAUACAUAUGCAUUACCAGUAAACACAUAAAUGGGUCCUCUGUUCGAAAUAUACCAUGCAUGAGUGUGAAAACGUUCGAAAUUAUUUUUAUGAAAAUGUAUCUUAUUUCAAUGUCUUGUAUUUCGUUUUCUCUCUGAAAUUACAUAAUAUCUGUCUAUUAUAUGGCGAGCUUUUUACCAUAAUUUCUGCAUAUUUCGUAAUGUACUUUGGUAGAAAUAUCAAUUUAAAAUAACUAACACAAUUUUUUGAAUUUUAUUUGUAGAUUUAAAUGCACAAUAUUUUGCCCAUUUCACAAUCUGCGUUUAUACAUGUAGUGAUAAAAAUAAGCUUAUGGAUUGCCAAUGAGCGACUUGAAAUCCACAGAAACACACCUUAAGAAAUUGUAUUGACUUGUACAUUCAUGCUAUGAUAUUUCUAUGUAAACAAUUUUCUGUAUUUUGUCUUCUUUAGUUCUAUAAAUGGCUUUUAAUAUGACCAAUUCAUAGAUAGAGUAUUUCAGUGAUUAUAUAAUAAAUUUAUGUUUUCUUUGAUUAAACACAAUUUUGUGUAUUAUAUACAACAUGUAUUACAACUAUACAUACUUAAAAUUUAAUUUGUAGAAGUCGAGUAUAAAAAACCAUUGUUGGAACUGUACAAAAUGUUAAACAUGAGUUACUGACUGAACAAAACACAUUUAAUUCUUCACAAUAUUUCUAAAAUAAGUUUUUGGAACAGAAUUUAAAGAAAUGCUUUCAAUUAAUAGCAAUUAAUCAAUUAAUAGUUGUACAUUUUUUUUGAAAUCCAAAACCAUUCAUGAUUUUACAGUUUUUUGUAAUAUUAAUUCUUACUUCACGAGUGUUUGAUGUAUGAAGGAAAAUUGGUAUAGC